GCAAUAUAUACAGGUGACAACACUUUAUCGUUUGUAGUAUAUCUUUGUUUGUGCGAUCCCUUUGACACAUGUCUGCCGACGGUUUGGAAGAUGACUUGUUUGGAGCGGCGCUGAGCGUUGAGGAUACUAGCAUACAGAAGGGGCGUGAAGAUGGUAUCAAGGACGGCUUGCUGGCGGGUCUAGCAGAGGGGAGAGAACUUGGUAUACAAAAGGGCUAUGAAAUAGGACAAGAAGUGGGCUUUUACGCAGGAUGUACACGGAUGUGGCGCGCUCUACAGGCUCGGGAGCCGGGAGCGCUUUCGGAGCGGCAGGAGCGGGCACUGGCCGCCCUGGAGGCCUUGAUCCAGAACUUCCCGCUGUACGACCCGCAGGAUGAGAACCUGAUUGAUGCCCUGGAGCGGUUACGGGGGCGCUUCAAGGUGGUAGCGAGUGGGCUGGGUUGCCUGCAGGAUUACUACCCCAAGGAGGCUGACAAGGAGGGGAUGAGCUUCUAGGGGACAGCGCACUUGCAUGGCAGGUGUUGUGCAAGAGGAGACGGGAGCAGGCAGCCGGCGGUUGCGUGCCAUAGCCGGAGUGAAUAGUGGGAUGAGUUGGGUGCAGUGUCAAAUGGGAGACUUGAGAGGCCCCUAUAGUUUAGACUGUUAGCCUGUUGGAGGUUUGAUACUGUGUGUAUGGUAAGAACGACCAGGACAUGACAGAAACUAACCGUGACUAGCGGUGACUGUUUGCCUCCACUGACUGCCGUGACCCGCAUGCGGUGGAUGUGGCAAGCGUGUGUGUUUGUGUCGAGCCUUAACACUCCAUACGUACCGUGUUCGUUCGGCAGGACCGUGUAGGACUAAGGGAUUGGUGACGGUCGCAACGCCUGAGCUUGUCACGUCAAACGACGUAAGCCCGGAAGCCACCGAGCUUUAUGCGCGAUUGCGUUCAUUCGGAACUGUGACUGUGACUGCGGGUAACACCCCAAGCGUUG